UUCCAUGAGCUUUUUCCAGAAAGGAAUGUGCUUUUUCAACUGUGUGGUCUCCAUGUGGCAGCACUUGCAUAAACAAUGUUAGAGCACAGCUGUCCCGAACUGUGAGGGUGCUGUGCUCUUUCCUGCCUCAGCAUCUUGCUUUCUUGUAGGGCACUUUGGAGCCCUGUGACUGUCUCCUGGAGGAUGGGACUUUGGCACUGUGUCAGGUAACCAGGGUUGCAUUAACCCUCACAACAUCCCAGUGAGAAAAUAUUCUGUCUUACAGGUGGGAGCCUGUGGUUCAUCAAAUCUAUAAGAAAACACCGGGUGCUUAAUUUCAGCUUAUCCAACGUUUUCACAAAUGAACAUCCUUCCUCUGCUGAUCCUGUUCCCUCUCCAGAUGGACUGUAGGACACUAGUAGGAGAUAUGAAAACAAAGCUGGAAGUUUCAUCACUGGAAUAGAUGUAACCUCCAAGGAAGCAAUUGAGAAGAAGGAACAAAGAGCAAAACGCUUUCAUUUUCGAGCCGAAGUGAAUCUCGCCCAAAGGAAUGUGGCGCUGGAUCGGGACAUGAUGAAGAAAGCAAUUCCUAAAGUGAGACUAGACACAAUUUACAUUUGUGGAGUGGAUGAGAUGAGUACACAGGACAUCUUUGCCUAUUUCAAAGAGUAUCCUCCUGCUCAUAUCGAGUGGUUGGAUGACACAUCAUGUAACGUGGUCUGGCUCGAUGAAGUAACAGCAACACGAGCUCUAAUAAAUAUGAGUUCCUUGCCUGAUCAGGAGAAAACAAAGACCAGAGAAAACAAUGAAGAGAAGACAGCUGAAAAAACCAAGAAAGAAAAACAGGAGGAAAGCUCUGAUGACGAGACAGAAGAAGGCGAGGUUGAGGAUGACAAUCCAAGUGACGUGGAGUUGGAUGCCCUCUCCCAAGUAGAAGAGGAUUCUCUCCUGCGUAAUGAUCUUCGCCCUGCCAAUAAACUGGCUAAAGGAAACAAGCUAUUCAUGAGAUUUGCUACUAAAGAUGACAAAAAAGAGCUGGGAGCUGCAAGGCGGAGUCAGUAUUACAUGAAAUAUGGCAAUCCCAAUUAUGGAGGCAUGAAAGGAAUUCUGAGCAAUUCUUGGAAACGAAGGUACCAUUCCCGCCGAAUCCAUCGGGAUGUGAUAAAGAAAAGGACCCUGAUUGGGGAUGAUGUUGGCUUGACUCCUCCAUAUAAACACCGUCACUCAGGCUUAGUAAACGUUCCUGAAGAGCCUAUAGAGGAGGAGGAAGAGGAGGAGGAGGAUCAGGACAUGGAUGAAGAUGACAGAGUGGUGGUGGAGUACCGGGAUGAGCUGCAGGCCUUUAGGCAGUCCCGGGAGCGCAGCGCAGCCCGACGGUCGAGUGCCAGCGGCUCUGACUCGGAUGAGAUGGACUAUGAUCUUGAACUGAAAAUGAUAUCAACGCCCUCGCCCAAAAAAAGCAUGAAAAUGACAAUGUAUGCAGACGAGGUGGAAUCACAGCUGAAGAAUAUUAGGAAUUCCAUGCGAGCAGAUAGCAUAGCAACCAGUAACAUCAAAAACAGGAUUGGCAGCAAAGGAUCAUUAGAGAAAGUUGCAGAUGUGAGACUACUGUUAGAAGAGAAACGUCAGAAUAGCACUGGGCCACGUCAGCCAAACAGCACUGUAAAAUCAGAUGUGCGGCAAAGACUGGGAAAAAGGCCACAUUCUCCAGAAGCUAAACCUCCAAGUAGUACCUCUGCUCCUCGUCGGGAACCAAUCUCAGAUGUCCACAGCAGGUUAGGAAUCCCCAAACAAGAUGUGAAAGGCCUCUACUCUGACACCAGAGAGAAGAAAUCAGGUAAUUUAUGGACCCGAUUGGGGUCUGCUCCGAAGACACAGGAAAAGACUUCAGAUAAACCUGAAAACUCUGUGGCGUCUCCAGAGGAAGAGGAUUCCGAGCUGCAGCGGGUUUGGGGGGCUCUCAUUAAGGAAAAAGAACAGUCUCGGCAAAAAAAGAGUCGGUUGGAUAAUUUACCAUCCCUACAAAUCGAAAUCAGCCGAGAGAGCAGUUCUGGCUCAGACUCUGAAUCAUGAUGGGUUUCACAUCCUCAUCCUCAAGAUUGUGACUCUGCAGUGUGGCAAGAUUUCCUUUGCCCAAAAGCUGGACACUGGCAAAGACUCUGCAGUGAAGGUCCCAGAAGUGUCUCUGUUCCUUUUAUACAAAAAGAGUUGCAUAAACCACUUGAAACCUAAAGCAAUCACAUUGUCUGGAGUCUGUGGUUGGCCCUGUGUUAUGUAGGGCAUUGUCAUAUAUGUUUAUUACAGCAAACCUGUAGUUAAUUCUAGCAAAACACUUUCCCCCGAGCUCUGAACUUAAAAGAAGAGGCAGAAAUGCUCUGUAUUUUUAAUGAGACCUUUUUGGUUUUAAUAUUUUCAUCAUGGAGGCUUUUAACAAAAUGUUUUACACACUUCAUCCAAAGAACAGGGCUCAUGAUCAAGAUCAUUGCCUUGCCCUUCUGGCUCUUACCAGCACCUUUCCUUUCCUCUUGAAGUAAUAACAAAAAUGCUUCCUGGGUGGGCAGCCAGCAAGGAUAAAGCAUGAAGGGAUUAUCACAUUCCCUUCCUCCAAAACACUGAAUGUAAAUCCAAGUUAAAUAAUAUUUUAGUACAGUUAAAUUUCAUGUAUCCCAGUGGUAUCACCACUCUCAAGGAAUUCUCAUUUAUUUUGGUGAUACCACGUCCUGCUGUAGUAGGGAUUGAGAUGUUCAGGACUGCAAAGUUGGAUGUUUAUGAAUUGUGUAAAUCCCCAGGGGGUUGGUUUUUCGUUGUUGUUGUUGUUACAUGAUGGGAAAUUAUAUUUCUUCCAUUUCACCUGGAUUAUGUUUUGCAGCACUCUUAACAGUUGGAAAGCAUAACAUUUUUAUAUUUGUGAGAAUUUUCCUGUUGGCCACGGUGAAAGCUCUAGUGGUGUUCUCCUAUGUGCUGUUUAUCUAUAUAUAUAUAUAACUGAAAGAGAAAAGGAAAACUAUAGGAUCACUGUCUCAUGUCAAUACUUUUGAAUGUUCUUCCUGUGUAGUACAUGUGGAUGUGGACAUGGUUGACUUGUUACAUUCAGCUUUUUUACCUGCACAUUUUCCCUUCCUAGGUAGGAAAAGAGUUUGAUCAGUGUGCAUCUGCCAUUUUUUUCUUGUUGCCUGUGGGCAUUUCUUUUGGCUGCCGGUAAUUCUAAGUGAGGAAUAAUGCAGCACAUCACAUUCAGGUAAACAACUGGUAGCAAAAACAUCGUCUGCUACAUUUUGAUAGUCUGAAAAUUUGUUUGCAUUGUCCCUAUUUUCUCGGUUCUGUCAGUCCAAAAAUGUCUGUGAAUAUCUCUUGCAGUUCCUGCUUUUUAACGAGCAAAUGUUUUCUCUUUUUUCCCCCCCUAUUUUUGUACUAAGUUGAAGUAGGUUUGAGGUUUCAGCAAGGAAUCUGCAAUUAACUUUUCUUACUGCUUUGCUAUGUGUAAGAAAUAGCAGCAUGUAAAAUGAAAGGCAAAAUGAAAGGUACAGUGACUAGAAGGGCAAUCUGGGGGCUGACCAGGCUUCAAGCCUUACCAUUUCCUUGUUUUGUGACACUCAUCCUUGAUUUUAUAUUUAAUUAUUGAAUAUAUAAAUGUCUCAUAAAAGUACUGUUGAGAGUAAACGACUGCAAUGUCUGAUCACUGUAAUAACUCAUUUUAAACGUGUGCUUUCAUUAAUAUCCUUCCCAAAGCUUUCCAAGAGAACCAUACCUAUACCAUACCCAUUUCUCAAGAUCCUGAUAAAGUUUAUUUAACCGGUGUCUUUUUGCCAGUAAA